AUGCCCCCCUCAGAGUCCUCCUCAGAGUCCCGCGCUGAGUCCAUCCCCUACCGUGCCUCCCUCUUCCUCGGUCUCUCCGGGCUCAGCGCCGUCUACCUGGCCCCCUUGCUCCCGAGCCUACGAGCUCAAGCAACAGCCAACAUGCCCCAGACCGAGAUGCUCCAGACCGACCAGGACACAAACGAAGAGGAGAAGCUCUUCCUUCUCCAGGAUGGGGAGAAGAAGAUUGAGGUGGCCACCAGCGUCGCGGAAGUUCUCCGAAGGCAAGCGGCCGAACGGGCCUAUGGAUCGCCGGCGGCCUCCGAGUCCGCUAACGUGGUAGUUGUUGAGUUCCAGCCAUCAUCGCCGAAGUCCCCUUCCCGUCCCUGGGGACAGGCCACCCAAGGGACCGCUGCUGCUCCGGAUGUCCGCCCUUCCGUUGAAGUGCCAAUGAGUACCUCGCUGGAGGCUGCCAUGAUGCUGCCGCCGCAAGUUCCCUCAGAGACCGCAGAAGAGUCCCAAAAAGUCUUCACCGUUGCCCAUCCUAAUGUGCCGGAAGCCAUGAUCCGCAUCCAAACGGACGCUUUCACUCCUCGCGAGGCGCUCGUCGGUGCGUGCAAGCAGCUGGUUGCCAUGUACGGCCAGGUCGGUCGGGAGUUCCAGAAGGAGCUUGCGCUGCGCCAGUACGCUGAUCAGGGCGACAACGACAACGUCGUCCACGUCGGCAGCUUCGGCUGCAGCGACAUUCUCCGCCGCAGCCGCCCUGCUAAACGAGCGAGGCUGCGAGGCCCUCUUGGAGUACAUAAACUCCAACCCCCCGCCGGGACCCCUCUUCUAGUCCCUGAAUUGAAGGGCUAG